AUGGAACUUCGACAGGGUACAUGGGAUAUUGAUGAAACUUUGCAUGGAUGUUGGGCUCAUGAAAGUAUUGUCAUAGCAGUACAUGGUUAUGAAGAUGAUAAAGGUAUAUUUAUUGUUAAAGAUUAUUGUUUUAAAGAUCUUUUGAUUCCAAAACAAUUAUCAUCAUUAAAAGAGGAUAAAUUUUUCUUAUUUGCUUCGGGUUUUCUUCUAUCUGAAACUUCAAUAAUAUUUAAUCAACUUGAAUAUCUUUUCCUUUUUCAUAAUUUGAUUUCUUAUACUAUUACUGAUAUUGAUAUAAUGCCCGGUGUAAAUGAUCCAUGUUGUUAUAUGUUACCGCAACAACCAUUACAUCCCUGUAUGUUUCCAUCAUCGAGUAAACGUAAAACGACACUUUGUCUUGCCAAUCCAUAUGAUUUUCAAAUUGUUUUCUUGCAAACAUCAGGACAAAAUUUAGAUGAUAUUUAUCCUCUAUCAACUAUUGAUGAUCGUGUUCAGAUACUUGAGAAUUGUCUUAAAUUGUGUGCUAUUGCACCAAUAUGUCCUGAUACAUUAAGUUGUUAUCCAUACGUUAAAAAUGAUCCACUCAUAAUAACUGAUAUACCACAUGUCUUCUUUGCAGGAAAUCAGCCUAAAUUUGAAACUCGUGUCAUAAAUAUUGACAAAACAAAUUUAUCAAAUCAUCAUAUGAAUUUAAUGAUUCAACCUGUUCAAAAUUAUUUACAGGGUUUUAUUGAAAUAGUUGAACAUUUAACAGUUUGGCUUGAAUUAGAAAUUCCAUCUUACAAUGAUAGUAAUGAUUUUUGUAUUGUUGUACAAAAUGAAAUACUUGAUGAAAUAGCUUAA